AUGGCGAAGUCCCCGGAGAACUCUACCCUGGAGGAGAUUCUGGGGCAGUAUCAACGGAGUCUCCGGGAACGUGCGAAUAGAAGCAUUCACCAACUGCAGUGUGCGCUGAGAGACGGUGAUGUCAGUGUUGGAGAAGGUGCCCUGGAUGCCACGUGUGGUAAUGGUGUGGAAAAUGAGGACCCUGGGAUGGCUUGGCAUGAACUGCAACACAGCCAUGCCGUCAAUCAACUCAAAGCUUUGUUGCGCCAACAAGCAACUAAGGAAAGUGAGGUGUCUCCAUCAAGAAGACGAAAUGUGUCCCCUCUGAGGUCAUCAGAGUAUGAGGAAGCCAGUAUCCCUACUGUAUACAAUCUCGUUCCUAUCAUCAAUGACCAGUCUCAAUACAUUCAUCAUUUAGAGGCAGAAGUCAAGUUCUGCAAGGAGGAACUCUCUGGAAUGAAAAAUAGGGUACAAGUAGUUGUGCUUGAAAAUGAAAGGCUCCAGCAAGAGCUGAAAUCUCAGAGACAGGAGGAAGCAAUGAGGGAACAAACACUUCUGGAUGCAUCUGGAAACCUGCAGAAUUCUUGGAUUACAACAGCUGAAGACUCUGGGGUGGAUGAAGCUGCCAAGUGGCGAUUCUCCCAGGACAAUGCAGAUACUGUCAAAGGUCCAUCGGCUGGUGAGGCUGAGAAAUGGAAGCUAGAACUGGAGAGGCUAAAACUUACUUAUGAAGAAAAGGGUGAGAUUCUGGAAUCUCAAUUGAAGUUUUUGAGGAAAGACCUAGCUGAAUAUCAGAAAAAUUGUGAAGAUCUUAAGGAGCGACUGAAGCAUAAAGAGUCUCUUCUCGCUGCUAAUAUGUCUAACUGUGUUGGUGGCCUUUGUUUGAAAUGUGCUCAGCACGAAGCUGUUCUCUCCCAAACCCAUAAUAAUGUUCACAUGCAGACCAUUGAAAGACUGACUAAGGAAAGGGAUGACUUAAUGUCUGCGCUGGUCUCCGUCAGGAGCAGCUUGACAGAUGGGCAGCAAAGAGAAGCCAGUGCUUAUGAGCAGGUGAAACAGGCUCUGCAGAUGACCGAGGAGGCCAACUUCGAGAAAACCAAGGCUUUAAUCCAGUGUGAGCAGUUGAAGAAUCAACUGGAGAGACAGACAGAGCGACUUGAAAAAGAACUCGCAUCUCAGCAAGAGAAAAGGGCCCUUGAGAAACAGACGAUGAGAAAGGAAAUAACAAAAGAAAGGGAAGACAUGGGAUCAAAGAUGUUGUCCCUGUCUCAAAAUAUUGCCCAACUGGAGGCCCAGGUUGAAAAGGUUACAAGAGACAAGAUUUCAGCUAUUAAUCAACUCGAAGAAGUUCAAAACCAGCUUACUUCCAAGGAAAUGGAUGUCACAAAGGUGUGCGGGGAAAUGCGCUAUCAGUUGAAUAAAACCAAAAUGGAGAAGGAUGAGGCAGAGAAGGAACACAGAGAGUACAGAACCAAAACUAAAAGGGAUCUUGAAAUUAAAGAUGAGGAAAUAGAGAAAUUGAAAUUAGAAGUGAGGGAAAGCAAGCAGCACUUGGAACAGGAACAGCAGAAGGCAGCCCGGGCCAGAGAGGAGUGCCUGAAACUGACAGAGCUGCUGAGCGAAUCCGAGCACCAACUGCACCUCACCAGACUGGAAAAAGAUAGCAUUCAGCAGAGCUUUAGCAAUGAAGCAAAGGCCCAAGCCCUUCAGGCCCAGCAAAGAGAACAGGAGCUGACACAGAAGAUACAGCAAAUGGAGGCCCAGCAUGACAAAACUGAAAAUGAACAGUAUUCAUUGCUGACCUCCCAGAAUACAUUUUUGACAAAGUUAAAGGAAGAGUGCUGUGCAUUAGCCAAGAAACUGGAGCAAAUCUCUAAAAAAAGCAGGUCUGAAAUAGCUCAGCUCAGUCAAGAGAAAAGGUAUAUGUAUGACAAACUGGAAAAGUUAGAGAGGAGAAAUGAGGAAUUGGAGGAGCAGUGUGUCCAACACGGAAGACUACAUGAGAUAAUGAAGCAGAGGCUAAAGCAGCUGGACAAGCACAGCCAGGCCACGGCCCAGCAGCUGGUGCAGCUUCUCAAAAAGCAGAACCAGCUUCUGCUAGAGAGACAGAGCCUGUCAGAAGAGGUGGAAUGUCUGAGAUCCCAGUUACCCAGCAUGCGACAAUCUGAUUGCUGA